AUGGCGGAUCCCAAGGUCAAGGUCAAUGGCCAUGGUCAUACCAAUGGCAAUGGCACUGUCACUCCUGAAAAAACACCCAACACCAACAAACAAAACAAUAAUACCAACUCCAAUACCAACGCCAAUAAGCACACUAAGCUAUGGCAGCUCCUCGCUCUAGCAAAGGAAGUCUCCAAAGAUGUCGGCUCCAUAGAAGACUUUGAGAAAUCCGCCGAAGAGCGCAAAGCCCUUGAAGCAGACCUCGAAGCCAAGCAAGGCGAAGUCAAGCGCCUCCGCGAAUUCAACGACAAGAUCGUGCGCGAGUUCUCAGAGCACAAAGCCGCAGCCAGCGCAAAGACAGACAUGAUAUUUGCAGAGUUUGAACAAAAGUACAAGACGUACGAGUCCGAAAAAGCGGCCGUUGAGGCUAUGGAGAAGGAAGUACAAGAAGCAAGAGAGAAACUUGCUGAAGCGGAGAAUAGAGCGGGUGAAGCGGAUAAGUUGAGGAAGUUGCUGAAUGCGUCGGAGAUGCAUGCUAAGAACCAUGCUGCUGAGAUUAGGGAGAUGAAUGCGGAGUGUGAGUUGCAUCGGUCGCAAAUGCAGACUGGUGCUGAGGAAUUGGAGAGUGUGAAGGGGAAGUUGGGUAAGGCGCAGAGUGAUCUUGGAGAGGGCAUUUUGAGGGAUUAUGGAUCUGAGGAGGUCAAGAAGCUGCGCUCUGAUCUUCAGGAGUUGUCGAAGAAGGUUCAUGAUUUCGUGAACGAGUACUUCAACUUCCACGACGGUGCAGUCGACUCCGCAAGCGAGAUCCAAGAACUCCUCGCCCGCUUCCCCAAAAUCCCCAUCUCAACCCGCACCACAAAAGCAGCCGCAAAGAUGCGCUGCGCCGUCGCAGACGCAGUAAUCUCCGAAACCCUCCUCUCUCACAUAUUCGUCCCCUUCUACGUAUCCCACGACAUGCGUACCUCAGCAUCCAGCAUGCUAGGCUUCUUCAAAGGCGACGAGCGCCGCGAGACCGUGUACCGCUGUCAAAUUCUCGGCUCCCUAGCCGACUCGGAACAAGUCGAGACUAUCCAAGAGGAUAUUGUCCGUAAAGCGAGCAAUGAGGUGCGAACGGCUCUUCAUCCGCUUGUCGUGGCGUAUAAACAGACUGGGUUCUUUAGUGCUGUACCGGCACUGUUUAGACACGCUGUUGCACUCUGGGCAGAUGCGCAGCGCUCGAGGGAUAUGAUCACUGCUGAACUGCCCGACGAGGAAGAUUCGCGAGGUGCGGGACAGUACGAUGACUACGACGUCGGUAAUGCCAUCACUCGCAAGCCUGUUAAGGGAAGUCCCAAGCCUGCUGUCCUCGCAGUUCUGUUCCCUCAGUUUGUAUGCCGUGACGAAGUCAUCGCUGAGGGAGUCGUGCUUCGAUCUGAUCAAGCUACUGUCGUUGAGGCCAUGGAGGAAGGUCAGAAUGGGAGUGCGGGUGGGGAUAAGAAGAAGCCGGGAACUAAACGUAGGUCUUCUGCUGAGCCGAAGUCGCCGCUUCGGAGAUGA